AUGGUUCUCGCUGACUUGGGUCGCAAGCUCAAUGCUGCCCUCUCGUCUCUCAGUAGGGCACCAGUCGUCGACGAGAAGGUCCUCGAUGCUCUUUUGAAGGAAGUGUGCGCCGCUUUGCUGGAAUCUGACGUCAACGUCAAGUUGGUUGCUCAGCUACGGCAGAAGGUCAAGGCUAAGGUCAAGGCAGCGCUGGAGGGUGGUGCGGAUAAGGGAAAGGAGACAAAUAGGAAGACUAUAGUCCAGAAGGCCAUCUUCGAUGAACUUGUGCAGCUCGUGGACCCUGGAGUAGAACCAUACAAACCAAAGAAGGGACAACCAAAUAUUAUCAUGGCUGUGGGUCUGCAGGGAAAUGGAAAGACAACGACAUGUACAAAGCUUGCCGUGUACUACCAGAAACGCGGCUUCAAGUCCUGCAUCGUUUGUGCAGAUACAUUCCGAGCCGGUGCCUUCGAUCAGACACGGCAGUCUGCCACCAAGGCCAAGGUCGCCUAUUUCGGUUCCUACACAGAGACGGAUCCCGUUGCAAUCGCCGCACAGGGUGUUGCGAAGUUCAAGAAAGAACGGUUUGACGUCAUUAUUGUCGAUACAUCUGGUCGACAUAAGCAAGAGUCGGAACUGUUCCAGGAGAUGGUACAGAUCGGGCAGGCGGUCAAGCCUAACAUGACUGUGCUAGUCCUUGAUGCAAGCAUCGGCCAGGCGGCUGAGGCACAGAGCCGCGCAUUCAAAGAGAGUGCUGACUUUGGAGCUAUCAUUGUGACAAAGAUGGACGGCCAUGCGAAAGGAGGAGGUGCCAUCUCCGCUGUCGCAGCCACCAAGACGCCGAUCAUCUUCCUCGGUGUAGGCGAACACCUACACGACCUGGAUAGGUUCUCGCCACAGCCGUUCAUAUCAAAGCUGCUGGGAUUAGGAGAUGUCCAGGGUCUUAUGGAGCACAUGCAGGACAUUGCGACACAGAACCCCGACAAGCAGAAAGAAAUGGCGAAGAAGCUGGAGGAGGGCAAACUCAGCAUCCGAGACUGGCGAGAGCAAAUCUCAAAUGUCAUGAACAUGGGCCCCAUUUCUAAGAUUGCUUCCAUGAUACCCGGGCUGCCGCAAGAUCUCCUCCAGGGCUCAGACGAAGAGGGCUCCAUACGGAUGAAACGCAUGAUCUAUAUCACCGACAGCAUGACCUCCACGGAGCUCGACUCGGACGGCACUCCCUUCAUGGAGCUCGCCAAGGACGGGAAGCCUAUUGGGCUUACCUGGCGCGUUACUCGCGUCGCACGCGGGAGCGGGACAAGUGUGCGCGAGGUGGAGGAGCUGCUCUGCCAGUACCGCAUGAUGGCAAACAUGGCGAAGCAGGCAGGCGGCAAGAAUGGUUGGUUGCAGGCAAUCCAGAAGAUGCAGGCAGCGGCCGGUGGGCGGGGACGCGGAGCGAACGGCAUGCCGACUCCCGCACAGAUACAGGCGAUGCAGCGUUCCAUGCCGCCGGGCAUGCUCCAACAGCUGCAACGUCAAAUGCGUAACGGCGGCGGCAUGCAGGAGAUGAUGAAGGCGAUGAUGCAGGGUCAAGGAGGGGACCAAUUCGACAUGGAAGAAAUGCAACGCAUGAUGGCCCAAAUGGGUAAUGGGCUCGGUGGACUGGGUGGAUUGGGAGGAAUGGGUGGUAAUAUGGCAGAUAUGUUCAAGAUGAUGGGCAUGAGAGGUGGUACGCAACGCUAA